GUGAGAGUUCUGGUGAGUUGGUGAACACACUGUUAUGCAGGAAGAAGGGAAGACAGGGAAGACAGUGAAGACAAGAUGUUUAUCUUAGUGUGCCGCUACAACCGGGUGUUCGCCUACCCCAGUGAUGAUGUCACGCUGACCUCUCACCUUUCCCCGGAGACCAGCGCGGUUGGCAUGGAGAUCAGGUGGUUCAGGGGCAUAGAAUGCAUUUACCUGUAUAGGAACGGGCAGGUGACGGUGGGGAGAGGCUACGAGGGCAGACUGAGUCUGUUCAAUGAAGAACUGCAGAUAGGAAAUGUUUCUCUGCUGCUGAGAGACGUCGGACAGGCGGACACAGGAAUCUACAGCUGUCAGGUCAUCACUGGAGAAAACAAGGAAAACAGGGUGGAGAAGACAAUACAUUUAUACAUGGCAGGGACGGAAAUAGUUUCACCUGACAGAUCGGGACUGAAGAUUGCAGAACAGGACAGCCUGGAUAUGGAGGAAUCUGUCCAUUCACUCGAGAUGAAGAAAUUACUGCAGAAAAAGGACAAAGAGCUUCAAGAUAAGAUUAAGGAGUUGGAAAGUGCAACAGACAAGUUGAGGAGGAUGACAAGUCUUCUACAAGACAGAGAAACAGAUCUUGACAACAUGAGGAAAGUAUCAAAUGCUGGAGAGGCCAGCUUGAAGAACAUGGCCGGCGAGCUGGAGGCCUGUAAAGAAGAAUUGGAGAAACUGGGACUAAAGAUACAAGAGAAGGACAACCAGAGCAAAGUAAUGCUAGAAGAACUACAAGCAAGAACAAGAGCUGUACAGGUGCUCACAGUCACACUGCAGGAAAAAGAGAGGGAACUGGAGGAGGAAAAGAAACAACAAGAAGAAAGAGAACAACUGCUGCAAACAGUGAAUGAAGCAGGCCCUGGCACAGCAAAUGCACCUCAAGCGCCUGUCGUCUCAGAACUUGUGGAAAAGAGUGAGGAAAUGCUGAGAGAAAUGUACCAGGACCCAAAAGACCAGCUGGAGGACAUAGAGAGAUGGAUCCACACGAAAAGGGAGGAGAGGAGAUCUAGAGAAGAGGAGGAGAGCACUGAAGCUCUUGAAAAAGAGUUCUUCAAUUAUGUUCUGAUGAUAAAAGGACAGAUCGAGGAGGAGCACGGAAAGAUUGUGACUUUAGCGAAGUACAUCGCUGACCUUCAGGAAGCAUAUGAGCAUGUGGCAACUGAUGAGGAAAGAGGUGAGCUGGAAGUGUACCUGAAAGAAGCUUUAGAGAGGCAGAGGGAGGGUGAGGGAGAGAUAGAAAGGCUGACAAAGGAGAUAGACAAACAGAGAAAUGCAGUUGAGGAGAAGCACAAGCACGAGGUGGAGCAGAUCCAAGAGAAAUAUGAGGUUGUUUCGAGGAUCGAAGCGGAAACACGCCUGCUGAAAAUCAUCCUGCCUGACGUACAGGCUUACUUUAGGAAUAUAACUGCCGAGGUGCACAGAGUCUUUACCAAACAAAUGCAGGGCACAGAUAGAGAGAAGGAACUGGAGACAGGCGGCGAAAGAGAGAGAGAGCCAGACAGAGAGGAGACCAGUGUCAGAGAGAAGAUGCAGGAAGAUCGAAUGAGUCCAAUUGAGGAAGAGUCUUCAAAUGAAAUACUUGAAGUUCAAGAACAGAGGAUGGAACCAGAACAGGCGAGGCACAUAGUGGUUGGUCUAGGAAACGAGAAUAGUGUAGAAACAUUGGCACAAGGAACCCAAGCAGACGCAAGAGUGCAGAGGGAAAUUAAUGAAGAAAUUCAGAAAAGUGAGGGCACACAUUCCGAAAGUGAGACUUUAGAACUGGAGGAAAAUCCCAGCUUGGUUAAUGGUGUGAUGACUUUAAGGCAAGAAGAGGUACAAGUAGAAUUAAGAGUGAGGGAGCAUGAUGAGGAGAGGAAUGAAGUGGACAUGGAUUAUAGCCAGUAACUUCGUACUGAGUGUCAGAACUGAGCAUUUAAUUUUUAUAUCUGCUCAAGUUGUAUCACGUUUGUUGGAGAACGGCAAUGGAAUGCGGUUUUGAGAUGUUGCCGCAGGUUUUCUAAUAAGAUCAAAAAUAUCAAAAUUCCCCAGUUUACCCCUCAAACCAAAUGUAUUUAAUCCGUGGAAACAGGUUUGGGAACUGAAGUUUUCUUCUUCAGUUUUGCAUCGGCACUACAAGGCUAAUGUGGCUAACAAGUAAUGCAAGCUUAUAUCCACUAGAUUAAGCAUGCUAACUGCGGCAGUCCAGGUCUGUCACCCAUUGAAACAUUGGGCACAUUAUUAAACAUUUCACUUUCAAAACUACAGCAGUUGGUCUCCUCAGUUUCAAACGCUUACAGAGUGUUGUUAAAAGAAGAGGGGAUGUAGCACAGUGGUAAACAUGCCCACAUCCCAGCUUUUUAAAAAGUGUUGCUGGCAUCAAAUUCAGAAUGUGCAUAUAUGUCUCAAAACAAAAAAAUUCUCAGUUGCAAAAGUCGAUAUGUCAUCUUUAUACUAUUUCAAAUUAAAUGUACGGUUUAAAUGAUUUGUACAUCAUUGGAUUCUGUUUUUAUUUACAUUUUGCAGAGUGUCCCAACUUCUUUGGAAACGGGGUUGUAAAAACACUUUUCAUCUGAGGAUAUGUCAUUGUAAAUUUAGUUUUUUGAAAUUUCCAUUUUUUUUCUUUUGAUAUCUUUUGAAAAAUCAGCAACUGAUUUCUAGCAUCAGUUCAGCAUCAGUGACAACAACAAGUAGUCAAUACUGUUUUUUUGUAAUAGUAUUGACUAUUUCAAGGUCUUUUACCUUAUUUAAUCAUGCAGAAAUCAGAGUUGACAAAGAUAAUAAAAAUAAAGGGAGGACCAACUAAGCAUACUGAGUUCCAUCAAUUUCCUUGAUUUGUGUUUUUUAAAAUUAUUUUGAUCAAUCUAAUUCCAUUCAUAGAUGUGUUUGGAAUAGAGGAGGGGACUUCUUGUUGUUUGUGUUUUUUGCUGUUUUUUUAUUAAAUUUUGACUGUUAUUUCACA